AUGGCCUCGCCGCCGCCCAUGCCUCAGCCCCUUGCUGCCCGGUCUCCCGAUAAGGCCAAUGUCAACUUGCGCCAUCCCAUUCCGGAUCUACAAUCGCUACAGGGGGCUUACGUCGGCAACAUUGAGCGACUGGAGGAACACGCCGAGCGCAUGAGUGAAUCAGGCUCGGAUUUGGGAGAGGAGAUUCGCAAGCUGCACACGGAAUUGAAGCGAUCAGACAGCCGCGACGAAGCCACACGCCACACGAGCAACCGCAGCCGCAACGUCUCCAUCAGCUCACAUGCAAACUCGAUAGUGGAUGUAAACGGCGCCGCCAGAUGGGGAGGCUACUCGCCGGGGGGCUAUGUGACAUCACCGGCCGGCUCGCUGCGUUCCAACUCGUGGUCCAACCCCUCGGUGCCCGUGAAUCGGCAGCGCUCCGAGUCCAAAGCAUCACGGCUGGGGCAGGUCGUGCAUCCCAACGAGAUUGACGAGAGAGCAAACUUCGCCAUGGCCCCAGGCUCGCCCGAGUCGUUGCGGUCUGCACCACUCGCCAUCCACACCUCCGACUCGCCGCCGCCUCAGCCCGCCCGCAAGGUCUCCUCAUUCACGCAAAAGUACGAGGAGAUUGCCAACGAGCUGCGUGAUGAGCUGCGGAACAGCGUCGUCCUCGACCCGCCCGUGCAGCAUGGCGACGAGCAGCACUCUGAGGAGUAUCGCCGGUAUGCGACGCGGGACGACUACCCCGACCGACCGCCGACGGCAGCCUCGACCGACACCUCUCGACAAGCUCGCAUGGAGUGGCAGGACUUUGACGGCGUGCACUGCCCAGACACGGUCCCAGAGGAGGAGGAUGAUCGCAGCCGACACUCGUCCUUCAGCAACAGCAUGCUGAAGCUCAACGACUACACCACUGCAGGUGCACCACCCCCUGACGAUGGCAUGGUCUUCUACCCGGCACCGGUACCGAGACUCCUGAACCUGCCAAAGCGACUGUCGCAGCUGCCCGCAUCCAACGUACAGGCACGACGACGCACACAGCUGCUCGACUCAAUGCAAGCCGAGAACAGGAAGUCCGCGCCCAUGCUCGGUGAGAUGACAGCCGACGCCCCCAGUCCGGCCAGGAACAACCGGAAAAGCAUGCUCAACCUCCCACCUCAGCUCCGAGCUAGCGCUUACUUCGACAACCAAGCUGCCCCGUCGCAGGAGUUUGCUGUUCAGGGCGAGUCUGCGCAGGACACCCUUGAAAGCAUCUUGAAUGCCUCUGCACGUGCCCCAGUUUCUGCCUUCACUGACCACCCCUUUUCUGGACAUGUCGGACCAGAAGUUUACGGGCCUGAGCAGAAGCGAAAGAGUACCACUAGGCUUCCCGAAGUGCCGCCAACGCUCGCCGAGACGAGGAGGCGAAGCUCUUUCAAUAUGCUCGAUACCAAGCGCAACUCUAGUGGUGAUCCUCUGAACAAGCUAAGGAAGCGCAACAGCUCGGCUGACAUGAACUUGCUCAUCGUGAAGGCGAGUGAACAGCGGAUGAGUCUCGGCGAUCAACUAGACGAUGUUUAUGAAGACGAUCGGGGCCCAGAAAGCCAUGACGGUCAGGAUCAGACACGCCACUCAAUUCAUGAUAUAGAAGGUCGUAACCCUGAUGAUGUGUAUGAUGAGGAGCACCAAAACGAUGAAGAGCCCGAGCCAGAGGAGGUCGAAGAAGAGCCACAAUACUUUGGAGCCCCCACCACAUUGCUUGCCGAACUUCAGAUGCGUAAAGCAAAGCAGAAGACUCGUAACAUGAACUACGCUACCUUGGUUGAGCAAGGCAAUAUGCCAACGCACAGAACACUUCUCGAACUCGACGACAUAGCUGAGAAGGAGAAACAAAAGCGUCUCAAGAAGAAGGUCAACCUGGCAUGGGAAGCCCAAGGCGAAGAUGACGACUCUGACGACGACGUCCCAUUGGCUGUCUUGUACAAGCAGCCCCAGCAACAUCUGCCCACAACCACCACACCAGGUCCCGAAACUGAUGAAGAAGAGGGUGAGACGCUCGGUGAUCGUAUGCGUCGUCUGCGGGAGAAGAAAGAGCUCGAUGAAGCCCUGGGCAACGACAUCCGCAAGAGCACCAUCAGUCUCGACUUCGCCACCGAAAUGAUGAGCAAAUUUGGUGUAUCCGAAGAACCAAAAGACGCAUCCCAGCCAGCCCCAUCCCCCGGGGUCGAAGAAGAAGAAACCCUCGGUCAGCGCCGCGCCCGCCUCCAAGCUGAAGCCGCCGCCCGCGGCGACGCCCCAGCAGACACCACCCGCCCCGGCCUGCGUCCCCGCAUGAGCAUGGCCGACAUCCUCUCUGCCAACCCCAUCGACGUGCACAACCAAGCGCGCAAAGUCUCGGACCAACAGCUCAUCUCUCACCUCCCGCCCGGCAGCCUCCUGCAGCAAAACGUCGUCGCCGAAGAGCGCCGCAAGGCCGAGCGCAUGAACCAGAACAUGCGCGCCUCCAGCUUCGGCUCGUACGACCCGCUCGUCGGCGGCGCGGCCAAGAAAAACGACGAUGACCAGCCGCUUGCACUGAAGAUCCAGGCGUACAAGAAUCGCAUGGCUGGCAUACCCGAUCAGCGCGCUCAGAGCAUGAUGUUCAACAACGGACUUGCUACGCCGGUGCCUAUGAUGAACGAUGGCCGGCAGUCGACAAUGAUGGGCAUGAAUGGCAUGGGCAUGAUGUCGCAGCCGAGUCUGGGCAUGAUGCCCAUGAUGGGCAUGUCGCAGCAGAACCUCGGUAUGAUGGGCAUGCAGCCGCAGAUGGGCAUGCAGCCGCAAAUGGGAAUGCAGGGAAUGCAGCCGCAGAUGGGCAUGGGCAUGGGCGCACCGAGUAUGAUGGGCAUGCCCAUGGGCGGCAUGCCAAUGAACAUGAACAUGAACAUGAACAUGAUGGGCAUGAUGAUGCAGCCGCCCAUGGAUCCGCGCCAGCGAGACCAGAUCGAUCGCUGGAUGCAGAACGUUCAGCACUAG